UUGUAAUUUGGUUUGAACGGUUUAUUUUAGAAAAAACUUAACAAAAAAAAUUAAAUAAUUUUUUUGAAAUUCAAUAUUAAAUUUUUGCCUUUAGUUCAUUUCAAUGUUUAUUAAAUGACCUCUAACAUGUUAAGAAUAAUUUGGUGCUUCUCGUUAUUGAUAGUGCUAAACUUUCUAUCAUUGCAAUGCGAAUCUUAUCCAGCAACAUCAACAGAUGCCACAACCCACAUCGUUAGCUAUGUACAUCAACGCAAACUCCAGCAACAGCAAAAGGGGCCAAAACACAAUGAAUUUGAAGAAUUUGAUUUUGAGAAUUUUCGUUCAAACUUAACCACCAAGGAUUUGCCCGAAAUGCGGGGAGCUUUACAACAACUCUUUGGACGAUUCGUUGAGAAUUUCGAAACGAAUCUAGAACAAUUGGACAAUGUUGUACCCAGAAAUGAAAAUUAUGAAGAGAGUAUAAAAGAUAAUGAAAUUGCUGAUGACCAAGCUAGCGAUGAUUUAAUGGAUGAUCAAAUGAACACUUUGGAAAAUGGUUUUGGAGACAAUGAACAACACGAGUCUCCUAAGAAUGAGACCAUGUGGCAACGUUCUAAACAGAGUAUACCCGUUUUAGAAUCUGUUCGUCAUUUAGUGAACAGUGUACGUGAUGGCCAUCUCAAUCACACCGAACAUGUUCAACGCCAUCGUACUCUACUGAGUGAAAUGCAACCCAUGAACGAGCAGAACACAUCGAUGGCCAUUGAGACUGAAGAGGAACGUGAGAUGAUUAAUGGAAGUUCCGAUUUACAAUUUCUGGAAGUUUUAGGUUCUAUAGGCAGUAAAUUAUGGGGCUUUCUAUCAACUAUAAGACAAGUUUUUGCUGCCAGUGCGGGCAGUGCUAGUGCUGCUCUAUCGGGUUCGAGUUCAUCAAGUAGUUCUUAAUUUUCCAAAACGGAAAUUUUGAUUCAUAUUCAUGUUAAAUUUAAAGUGCUCUUAAAUGGUUUGAGAGAGCUUUAAAACUGUGAUUAACCAUUUUAAAAUAUUAAUUUAGUUAUUAAGCGACAUUAUUCGAUACAUUUAUAAAUAUGAUAAAAUUAAUAAAAUACGAAUAAAAGUAAUAAUAUAAAUUAA